AUGUCGCCUCCAUUGUUGAAGACCGUUCGCACAUUGAAGGAUUCCACAUUUGAAGCUUGUGCCUGUAUCAGUACACAUUUGAAGGCAUCUGCAUCUGCAACCGCAGAGAACACAGCGAAAGCUGACAGAAAUGACCUCAAAUCCCUAACUAUCGAGUUAAGACUUCUUGGAGGCACACUCUAUAGUCUUGAGUCUCUCAUCGUUGAGUUGUCUGUAGACAAUGAUGCUGCCGACAGCACCCUUGGUAUCACCCCUAGCGCCUCAGGAUCCGAAAAUGACCCUUCACAAGAAUGGCCAAUUGUCGAUGGGUAUGAGAUACUCCUCACUGCCAUAAAAGGCUUUCACCAUCUCGCCACUUCUGAUGGGAUCAAGGCCGCUAGAUCAUCACUCCAGGACAUCCGAUCCAAACUAGCGUUUGUGCUCGGAGUCUCAGACACCCUCGAGGAUAUCUCACUUCGGCUCACUCUACUCGAAUCAGAGCCGUUGCCUCAACUUCUGGUCCAGAAGGAAUAUGACCCAGACGCUAUUGAGUCACCUGUACAGACCCCCUAUGACGAUGAGCAGGGUGAAGCAAAACCCGAAGAUGUUUCCGUUUGGCUAAAUAUCCUGAACUCGCCUGAAAAUGAUCGCGAGCCUGCAGAAUACAACAAAGAGAUCACAUUAGUCCAGUCACGCCGCAUCACAGAGCCAGCAUAUAGAAUAGCAGCUAUACGAUGGCCAAAAUACGCAGAGGUCUACUGGCAAAAACUUCGACCCCAAGUCUGCUCCCUCUUUCGUAUCCAAAAGUCGUACAACUUUGUACAGUGGGUUCUUGAGUAUGCCAGGGAGACGUACCCUCGAACAUUCGGCACCAUGGCCCUCUCGCCAAGAUGUCUUCUCGAGCUGACUGAUGCGCUCUGCAACGGAUCUAUCCUACCACUUCAUAUUGCUGCUGCCUUCGGGUUGCCUAACCUUUGCAGAGACCUUCUUUCGAUGGGCGCCAACGUUAACCAGCCCGGCCUUCUCGGCACGCCACUAUAUUGCGCCCUCGUAGGCAGCAAGGUUCUUAUCACCCGCACAGAGCCAGUAUCGUGGCCGACUCUUCUCGUUGGUAACGACUCUGAUGUCGAUCAGGCAGCAACUGUCCUAUUGCUUGUCGAAAACGGCGCAGAUUGCUCGUUUCGGUAUUCUUGGAAGGAUGCCUCUGAAGAGGUAUCACUAGCAGGUUUGGCUUUUUGGACUGCAAUGAAGACCAAACAUGAAGCAAUAUUCACAAACAUCAUCAAAGGAUUUGCGAAUGCCACUAAAGGAUCCACCGACACCACUAAAGGAGAUGCGCUGGACUCUUCUUUUUGUCUCCUUUUGCAGCGAGAACCUGUAGUCAAACGUGGUCUGCUCCACCGAACUCGAUUUGCGCGCUUGCUCACAUACGUCUAUGACCUGACUUUGGCCGACAUUGAAAAAGAGUCAACGGAGCACAAUUGGCUCCAAGAGCUGGUAGCUCGACUCAUGGUGCAUGCCAACAUCAAGCUUUGCCCCUUGGGUGACGGAAAGGUGGACACAUUGAAAGACAACAACUUUGCGGCUGCCGUUCGGACUGCCGUUUUGGACUUCAAUGUGAUCUUGGUGGAUCGUCUGAUCAAAGACCCAAGGUUCAAUGCCAACUUCAAAUACGACAAGGAAGAGACUCUCCUCCACAUGGCUGCUGAGUCUGCGCAGAAUGAGAUUCUGGAAAUGCUAAUUGAAACCGGGGCCGAUAUCAGAGCCAGAGACUCAAGCGGUCGCACACCACUCAUGGUCUGUAACGAAGUCAGUCCUAUGGCUAAGCUGAUUCUUGAACACGGUGUACCGACUUUUGAUAAGGAUAAUGGCGGCCGCAACAUUUGGCACUACUUUGCUGCUACUAACGAAGACGACAUACUCAAAUUCCUGUGGGACAACGAUCCUUACAAGAUCCGCAACUUGAACGCCGUUGAUGAACAAGGGCAUACGCCACUGCAGUCAGCGUUUGCUCACGUCGAGGCUCUUCAGCAAUCUCCCAAGACCUCUACGUCCGCCGCACCGUUUGCAGCUUAUUUUUUGCUCGAGAAAAGUCAAGGGUAUAUACGAGCCGAGGGCAAUGAGAACCUGGCUCGAUGGGCUGUCGAAUGGGGCAAUCUGGGGCUGGUACGGCAGCUGUUCCACCUCUUUCCCCAGGUUAACAUGAAUGAUGAAUUACUCCUCAAGUCACUUAAUAUGUCGGCUUCACCGGAGAUGGUCUCAUUGGUACUUGAAAGGGCUGGGCCCUCUCGGCCAUUCGCUGAUGGCACAACGGCAGCAGAGACAGUUAUCACAAACGUUAAGCUCUUGAAGGAAGGUCGUUUGACUCGUAACCCGUCGUCGCAUCCUUCCUGCGCUCCACAAAUGACGCGUAGCGCCUAUAUGCAGCUUCUUACGCCUGAAGUCAUCAAAUCGCGAGAUUCCAAGGGGCGAGGCAUUUGGCUGCGGUUUACACAGGAUGUCAUCCCAUUGAUUAGUACUCGUGCGCUAGAACAUCCUCCAUCCCUAUAUUUCCUAUCCUCUUUCAUGAUGAUGGCUAUAUCGUGCUUGGUUAAAGCGGGCGCCUUGGCAGACUACGAGAAGGAGAGCAAAAAAUGGGCCAUCAGCUGCAUAGCGACGAGAGGGGAGUUUUCUGCCUGGGAACCGAGAUGGGAGAGUUGGCACAUGCCCUUUGUCGCAACUAUCUUGUCCCUCUGGCUUUACGACCCGAAUCGGCAUGACGGCGAACUCGGGAUCAUGGGCUUCUUCAACGAGGACGAGGCGGCAAUUCUGCUGUGGACGCUCGUUAAGCUCCGCAUGCCAGAAGUCGUCGAACUGCUCGUGCAAUGUGGCUGCGACGCGCACAAGCCUAGGCCGCCUCUGCCCUUUGAUGGGAGAUCGGUCUUCGAGAGGUUCCUGGCUGAUCAGCCUAUUGAUGUGAGCAUGAUCCGACCCCUGCUUCACGGCACGAAGCCACAUCAUAUUAGGAAGCAGCAGCAGUACACAUUCACAGAGCUUGUGCGAGUAGCUGAUGAAGCAAUCGCUGUGGAAAUUCUCGGUCGAUUGAUUGAUCGGGGAUUGGAUGUUGAUGGCUUGGAAAUUCCAGCUACUUCACCAAUGAAAUCACCCGCAUCAUCCCCGUCAUUGCUCACAAUAGCGAUCUGCUCAAAGAAGAUCCUCCUAGGGCGAUUGCUGAUCGAACGAGGCGCAGAUGCCUCUUUGGCACCGCCAAAUUCCAUCAGUGCCUAUCUUCUUGCCGCCAAGCUUGGAUAUGUGGUUAUCCUUGAAAUGAUCAUCGAGAAAGUCGGAUCGGCAGAGUUUCCUUGGCUAGUCAUAUACGAACACAUGGAGGAUCGCGAUACUUACAAUGCCUUGCAGUUCGCGGCAGCCGGUGGUCAUCGUGAUGCCCUCACAACUCUCUUAGAGGCCACACCUCUGGCUGACAAAAUCACUGCUGCUAGUCCGCGAUUUGGCAGAACGUGCGCCCACCUGGCUGCAAAGGCUGGCUCUUUGGAUUGCGUGAAGAUAUUGAUGAGAUACUCAAAACGUCUGUUCAGUGUGAGAGACCUGUCAGGAAGAACCCCUCUGUUUUUGGCAAUCGUUGGUGGCAAUCAAGAAUUGAUUCAAUAUAUGAAGGAUAAUUUGCUGGACUAUGAUAAUCCCCAGGAUAUGGGUAUCAUCUCACUGAACCCAGUUCCAGCCCAAAAAGACGACGACGACGACUCUGACAGUGACUCGCUACCAGAGUCAUCUCAUGGCGAAGCAACUCACGAGCAGAAAAUCUCUGAACCAAGACAAAUAGGCGCCAUGAUAGCAGAUGCGAUAGACCACUAUCAACUCAGCCGAGACCCCUUGUUUAGGUCUAUUCUCGACCACACCUCAAGGAAAGAUUUAGUUUCUGCCAUAAUGCCUUGUGGCGGCUGUACCCUUCUCAGUUACACGGCAACAACCAACAAGAUCCGUCCUAUGCUGGAACUAGUGGAGUUGGGGUUUCGUGAUUUCGUGGCUGGAUGUGAGGAACAUUGGCCGGACGGCUACAACGCACUUCUUUGCGCAUGCCAGAAUAUCCGAAUGCUGAUGACCACCGAUUUGUUUAUCCCUGCAGAUAAAGCACGCUCCUUCUUCAAACUGUGCUUAGAUGCUUAUUUGAAGGCGGGGAUGUCAUGGUUUCAUCUUCCAAUCUCACCGAUCCACGCCCUUUUCCACCCCCGGAACAGUGGACAGGAUAUGGUUUACCAUCAGAGAAUAGUCCUUGAGGUAUUCAUCACACACCUAACUGAGCAUGCCCAGAGAUACUGGGCGCAGAUGAGGGCCAUUGGGGUUACUGCCGGAUUCGAGUUUUCUGCAAAUGAGAGCAUACAACGGAGAGUUCUACGCUACGCUUUGAACUUGAGGAAGCAAGUUACUCCGGAUAAUACCGACGCAACCCACACCAAACUCCUCAUCAAAAACGGAGCCGAUGUCAAUGCGCAAGACUCGGAACUUGUAACACCCCUGCACCUGGCUGCUCUCUAUGGCCAAAUGGAUAUGGUGUUAACACUCUUGAGAGCGGGCGCCAACCCGAAUCUUUUGUGUGCCCACGGCUCAUCACCACUGGGGUGUUCUGUUGCCUAUGGUGACUUCCGAGUCACUCGUUGUCUAUUGAGCAAUGGCGCAAGCCCUAUGACAUCCUUCGACAUCACUUUCGACACGGUUGACGUCGAUGUGGAUAUCAUGCGCCAGUUGAUUGAGCUUGGAGCGGAUCCCUAUGAGGCAAGACCAGGUACCGGAAGUACUCUCACGAAUGCGAUCUAUGGGAGUGCUAAGGGCAUGUCACUUGUACUGAAUGGAAACUUUGACUUCCAUCGCCUUGCAGAUCAGGAACCGCUCUUACUCAGCGAGAUUCUUGCUCACAGGAAAUUAUCGUCCAUAGAGCUCAAAGCGAUCAUCAAGCGCAUGCCACAUGAGUACCGUGCUCGCUUAGUGAACUUUGAACCGGAUGACAAACACACUCCAUCAUUUUACAUUAUCCGCGAUGACGAUCCGAAGCUCCUGCAGGUAUUACUUGAUAUGGGUCUGGACAUUGAACGCGAGUGGCAUGGGAAGGGAACACCGUUGAUGUUUGCUGCCAGCAUUGGGGCCUUGAAAUGCUUCAAGCUCCUCGUUCGCCACGGCGCAAGGCUGGCAUACCUCACAACCGGAAGAAGAGGCGAAGUCAUUGCGAGAUCCGUGACCGAAAUCGCAAAGCUCCAUCCCCGCCUCCUUCAAUGGGCAUUGAUCGAUCGUCACUACGAGACAAAGUAUCUCACACAAGCAGCACAUAAUGAAACUUUUAUCCCUACGAAAUCCUGGUCCGGCGGACAAAGGGCGGUAUAUAGAGUUUCAGGCACUGGUGAUGAGAUCCCCCAGCUGCCAACAGAGUCUAUGUUGGACUUGCUCCACCGAACGGCGAGGAUGAAGAGGGGUAUGAGAGGAAGAGUAUUGUUUCCUGUCGACCUUUGUGAAAUCACGCUGGGAUUUGAGCCGUGGUAG